AGAAGAUUCUGAAAUUUUGUUUUCGGAUGAAGGCAACACAUUCCCUAGCACUAUCAACAAAUGCGCCAAAUUUUGUUCUGGCGAUAGGAGAUGCAUUGGAAUUGAGUUGUGUACAAUAAAGGAAGAUAUGUACAGAUGUAGAGCUUGUUGUGAGUGGAAAAGGAUAAGGACAAAGUCAAAUCUGACUGUUGAUUCACAGCAGUGCAAAUAUCUGGAAAUGGCAGAUGACGGGUCGGCUAACGUGGCCGUGAACAAGCCAGCGAGUAUGAUCUCUGCAUACAACCCCGCCUAUCACCUCGCCUCGAAAGCUGUGGAUGACGUCACUGUUUGUCCAAAUGGUCUCUACACUGCACACACUGCUGCCGAAUUCAAGCCUUGGCUAAAAAUAGACUUACAGAAUAUAGUUGACGUAACAAAAGUUAUUGUUUUCAACAGGCAGGAUUAUUAUGGAGAAAGACUGCAUGACUUACUUAUAACAGUUGGAGGAAAUGGAACAGUCCAUACUUGCGGCUUCUUUCAAGGCCCUGCAACUUCGGGAGAUCGCAUCAUCGUAUUGUGUUCUUCUGGUACCACAGGAAAUGACGUCACAUUCACGAUCCAAAGCCGUCAAGGGGAAACUGACAUUUUACACGUUUGUGAAAUCCGGAUCUUUGUAGAGACAUGACUAUGGAAACUUUAGAUACAAACCAUCUAAGUGUAUACUACGAAAUUAGUUGUUUACACUCCAUGGUAUAUUAAUCUUUAACGAUGUGCCGCUACAUACGUAGACUCUCAAGUCUCUGUUUUUCUGAUGUAUGAUAUUUCUUUCAAAAUAGUAUACAAUUUUUUUUUAGAGAUUAAAGACUGACAAAGGGGUGCAGUGAUUUGAAAUAAUACUGCACAUCAGCUUAUAGUGAAA